GUUGCCGAGUAUCGGUGACGUCACCCAUUCUCGACCCCCGCUUUUCGACCCCCGUCUCUCUCAGAGGAUGCGUUCACUCCUCGACAUCACAGAUCAGAAGAUCAGAGUACUCACGUACUCUAGAGUACUUUCGAAGCUCUCUUCAUCCAAGAACGCCUACAACGUUACAACACAGUGCUCUCGCCACCAGUUACUCUUCAUUCGAACAUCAUCACACGAGCAACAUGGACAUGAACAUGCGAUCCCAAUCACCAAAGUCUGCCGCCGUUCAAGAAGGCAAGAACGCUCAGUCGACUUCUAAGGCACCGGCUUCGAUGAGCAUGGACCCCAAGAAGAAGGUCCCGGAGAACAAGGCUGCCGUCAAACCUCCUUUUGCUAAGACGUCGAUGAACAGCUUCAUGAGCAACCUUCUCCUCAUCGUCUUCGCCAUCUGUGCCAUCUACAUCUGGCGAGUGACCGUUUGGGCCAGCGAGGCCGGCGGGUACUGGGCGUUGAUGACCGGAGGUAGCGCCAAGGCUUCGGCGGCUUCCGCUGCUGCGGCUGCUACGAGCGCUGCUGUCGCCAGUAUGGGCACUUCGGCCAGCUCUAUCACCAAGCAAGCCAAGGCCACCGGUAAAGCAGUCCCUGCCGGCAAGGGCAAAGUCGUUCCCGGCAACGCCGACGUCCAGUCCCAGAUUUACGCUCUGGCCGAGUCCUUGGGAAUCAAGCCCGCCGACCUCUCUUCCGCCAUCCGACCCUUGAUCGACCCUACCGUUCCCAAUCCCGCCGAGGAGGCCAAGAGGAUCAAGCAGGAGAUGGAGUUGAAGGCCGAGUUGGAAAAGACCAAGGUGGAGACUGUCGCCAAGGAGGAGGAGCACAAGGGACCUGGUAUCAUCGAGGUCUUGGAGGAGGCUUUCUUGGAUUAGAAGAGAUCAAGCUGAUGAGGGGAUGGAAGGAGGACUACUGAAUGGAUAGACAGUACGAGGAAUUGCAAGGCUGAGAUCUGAUCUGAGAACGGCUUGAACGGCCUGAUAUACAUGCAACAUGAACGCUCGAUAUAUGGCGUGCACACUCAUGACGAUCAGAGCCCUGAGCUCCCUGAAUUACCAAGUGAUUCAAGCGGUAGAUCUGGGCAACUCGAAGGGGAACUCGUGUGUCGUGUGAUUUUGCAAUCUUAACGAAUAUUCGCUCUUGUUGAAUAAAUUGACGUGAC